AUGAGAUCACGAACUCUCGCUCCCUUCGCAUUCGAGCUUCUCCCGCUCGGCUCCGUACGGCCUCGGGGGUGGAUCCGCGAUCAGUUGAAACUCUGCGCAGCUGGACUGGGCGGUAACCUGUACAACUUCCAUCGUUAUGUGAAAGACACCAGUUGGCUCGGCGGUGACGUUGAGUACAGUCCUCUGCGCGAAUCCGCUCCCUACUGGUACAACUAUAUCGUACCGCUUGCCUAUAUACUUGACGACGAUGAAUUGAAGGAACAGGCCAACGAAUUCCUAGACCGUACCCUUAAGAACCAGCAUGCAGAUGGAUGGAUUGGGCCGGAAUAUACAAAGCAUGGUCGGGGGAUAUGGGCACGAUGUCUUGUCAUGAUGGGUAUGGUGAAUCAUGCGCUUGCCGAUCCGUCUCAGUACGAUCGCAUUGUGGAUUCGUUGCUUCGUUUUACAAGACUCGUCAAUUCCAUGUUGAAGGACAACUAUCAAGGACUUAUUCCUCAUCCUGGCGAUGAGUUCGAUGAAUUUUGUAUUACACGCGCUCACGAGUUGUCUACGUCAUUGCAAUGGUUAUAUGAGCAGGUGAACAAUAGGCGCGAUAAGGAAUUGAUUUGGGAAACGAUGGACCUGGCAUGGGAGGCUACCCGUGUUGGUGACCGGGACUGGUCCAAGUUUUUUACCGAAGAACAAUUUCCAAAGAAGCCGGCGGCUCCUGGAUCGACUCUCAUUAAACAUGUAGUGAACGUGUCAGAAGCAUUGCGGUAUAUGCCGCAACUUUACCGGAUGACCCAUGACCAUGAGUUGAUCGCAAAGACCCGCCAAGCCGUGGAUAUGGCUUUCAAGUAUCAUGGCACAACAUUUGGAGCACUUGCAGGUGACGAAUUCUUGGCCGGCGUUCAUCCCAAACGUGGUGCAGAGCUUUGUGGAACGGCGGAAGUAAUAUUUUCACUUUCAUAUAUAUAUCGAUUGUUUGGCGACAAUAGCUAUGCUGACAGAGCUGAACUUGCCACGUUCAAUGGGUUGCCGGCGGGUAUGACACCGGACUGGUGGGCUCACAAUUAUUUGACGCAGAGUAAUGAAAUCUGGGCGAGGAAUCUUCAGAACUGGCCAUUUUACAACUGUGGCGGACGCGCCUUGGUGUAUGGGCUGGAAGUGAAUUAUCCAUGCUGCUUGGUCAAUCAUUCUCAGGCCAUGCCCAAAUUUGCAAUGAACGCUUUUGUUGCCAGUGCAGAUUUGAGGUCGAUUUCGCAUCAAUUCCUCGUUCCAGCCGAGGUCACCAUUCCUGUCAAAGGAGAAAAGCCUAUACACAUCGUUAGCGAGACAUAUUACCCGUUUGAUGAGAGGAUCACCUACAAGAUUGAGACAAGUCGGUCAUUCAACUUCUAUAUUCGUGUUCCAGAAUGGGCCGCUGAAGGUACCACGGUGAACAAAGCUCUUGACUCCGAUGAAGUCGGGGAAGAAGCUGUAGAAGUGGACGCAAAUAGCCUCUAUAAGAUUGCCAUUUCGCCCGGCAAGAGUGCUUUCAGAAUCACCCUUAAUGCUGAAAUUCGUGUUGUGCCGCGAGAAAACAACGCCGUUGCCAUAUACCGUGGCGCACUCUUAUAUGCCAUGGAAAUUACACACAAGGCCAAGGUUGGCCCACCGACGCAUUUUGCCGAGUGGAAGCCCUUGCCAGAUGCCGAUUACUCCUCAAAGCUCCGCGAUGUAGAAUAUAUACCAGCAGCUGACUGGCAAGUGGCUAUUGACCCAUCUCAAAUGCACUUUCACCGAUCGGAAGUGAAAGGCGAUCUCCCUAACCCUAUCUUUGAAUCCGGCGCACCACCAGUGUCCAUUACUGUGACUGGGACGAAGAUCUCGAACUGGAAACUAGAGGGUGACUGCGCAGGGCUUCCGCCAGCCGAUCCAUCGCCUACCGGAAAGCCUUUUGCGGUCAAAUUGGUUCCUUUUGCAAGCGCUAAGCUGCAUAUUUCUGAAUUCCCGGUGGUCGUCUUGGGAAAGGUUGAGUUGGAGAGUCAGCGAUCUGGUCAUUGCAUAUUGAUGUGA